GCUAAUCAUAUGCCGGCGAGUAAUUUGACGUGUUCAACAAUUCAGCGUUUCCAGUUUUAUUCCGCUUUCUUUUACUUUCAAUUCGAUUAAUUCAAGAAGCUUCUUGCGUUCGCUGAAUCGUUCAGCCAAAUUCAACUGAAAGCUGCUAUGCAACCUAGCAAGAAGAAAACGAUAUCGGUGAAAGAUAAGCUGAAUGGAAAUGAAAUCGAUUUGAGUCUCUUGGAACUGACUGACGUGCCUGUCAAAGAAUUGGCUGCCGUCACUCGUGGCACCAUAUUGGACCUUUCCAACAACAAACUUAUUACCCUCAGCAUUUCUUUCCCUACUCUUACUCAUUUAAUGAAAAUAGAUCUGAGUAAAAACAAAUUGAAAGAACUUCCUCUCAAUUUUGGCGAUUUAAGAAAUCUGAGGCACUUGGAUUUGUACAGUAAUGAGUUGCAAAGACUUCCUGUCAGCUUUCAUCAGCUGAAAGAGCUGAGGUGGCUGGAUUUGAAGAACAACCCACUCGUCUCAACUUUAGCUGAAGCUGCUGGAGAUUGCCUGGACCAGAAAGGCUGCCAAGAGGCUGCCAAGAAGGUUGUAAAGUUGAUGACCGUUGUUCAUGCCGAACUAGAGAAAAAGCGAUUGAAAGAGGUUGAGGAAACCAAAACACAUCAAAUGGCUCAGAAGCAAGAAGAGGAUCGUGCGAAAGAGCGCGCCAGACAGGAAAAGAAGGCGGAGAAAGAUAAACGAAAGGCAGAAGCAGCCAAGCAACAGGCAGCCAUCCACCAAGCAGCGAACAAUAAGCCUACAGUCAAUCACGUGAAAACGGAAGGUGCUAAAAACGAGAAAAAGGGUGAUCGUCAACAGAAAAAGAUGAAGCCGAAAGUUGCAGGCCCGUCAUUUUUUGCCAAGUUCUUUAUGCUGUUAUUGCGCUUGAUUAUCUUGGCUGGUGUAACGAUGGCCGUUGUCUAUGCAUUGAACUGGGAGGGUCCACUGACGCUGGACAAUGCUGGCAAAGUAGCCCAUCGUUCGCUUGACAAAACAAAGGGCUACGGACUGGAGGUCUAUGAUUGGGCCUCACCCCAUUUACAAACAAUAAAAGGGCAGUGGAAACAUCUUUCUCGCUUUGUAGCCGAGAAUGGACGCGACGUAGUCAAUGUAGCGUGGGACAGGACAGUCCACUAUGCCAAGAUCGCUCACCAACAGUUCUGGGAAACUUGGCCCAUUGUUCAUCAGAGAAUCUUUGAAGUACUUAACCUCACAGGUGACACUGCCGUCCGAUAUUGGAGGAUAGUUUGUCGUGAUGUUCCCAUCUACUAUGGAGAGCUUUUAGACAAAGUCAGUCACUUAUUUCAUGGUACCCAAUCUCAGGCUGGAAAUCGAUCCUAAAAAAUUCGACAUUUUGGUUUUUGACUGUUGGAAUAUCUUCAUCUUUCCCCCGUAUGCACGUUUUGAAAAACCAGCUAUUCCAUGUUAAAUCACGAAUAUAUGUGUUGUGACACUGAUGAUGACAACUGGGUGUUUAUGGAUGUAAACAAAAAUUUUUUUGUUUGAAAUCGAGCUUUUGCUUCGAGUAAACGAUGGUCUCUUUCUGGGAA